AUGGGAGACGAAACGAAGAACCAGGACUGGGUGCAGGACAAUUUGCAGCGCCAGCGCAAACUCCUCGAAGAGAAACAACGACAAAAACGGCUUGCAUCAUCCGGAAUUCGAACCAGCAAUUUGCCGAGUUCGAUUGCUCGUCCGGUUACGGCUUCCAUGAGAGGCAUCGUCGGCGAACCAGUCAGUGUUGGAUACGAUGGACCACUUUCUUACAAUCCCGAUCCUGACACGGUUGGUCCAACUUUCAUCACAGUCCGCGGGAUGACGCCACCACCGGAACGAGGGGCAGCUGCGACUAAUGGAAAACCCAUCCAAGAAGAGCCUCCCACCCACCAGCUCAACCAGAUGCACCUCCGAAAUAUGCCCCGGCCCAGCGCUCCGAUCCCCGGGAAACCGGACAGCGUCUAUGGUCGCAUGCCGCAGUCAGUGUCCACGAAUUCGAUGGGGAAUAAGAGUGAUGAGGAAGCUGUUGGGGUGGAGCCAUGGAGGGAGAAAGAAGAACUCGAAGAACACGUCUUACCCUCUAAUGAGCAGCCUAACUACGAGGAGAUCGCCAACGACUUGGACAAAUUCGCUCUCCGACCCGCCCUCCGCAACACCACCUACAAAUGCUCAAUCACCAGGGAUAAGAAAGGAAUGGACAGGGGGAUGUACCCAACUUACUACUUGCACUUGGAGAAAGAGGAUAAGAAGAAGAUCUUUCUCCUUGCCGCUCGGAAACGAAAGAAGAGCACCACUGCAAACUACUUGAUCUCGACCGAUCCAACGGAUUUGAGCCGGGAGGGCGAUGCCUUUAUUGGCAAAGUUCGCUCGAACGCAUUGGGAACGAUGUUCACCCUCUACGACAACGGCAAGAACCCGAAAAAGGGCCAGGCUACGGAUACGGUGCGCGAGGAGCUGGCGAUGGUCAUUUAUCUCCAAAAACUGCACUUCCUCGUCAGCCCUUAC